UUCUCCUCCACUCCGUCAGCGCCAUCAGCCAGUCAGUCCGACACGCCCUUCGUGGCAAGCAUGGCGCGGAGCAGACUAACGCUGGUGCUCGCCGCCUCCUGCCUCCUCACAGCCCUCGCCCAACAACCCUCCUCAGACUCAUCAACCCCAAGCAACACCAGCUCUUUGUUCUGUGUAACUUUUGUGAAGCCCAAAACGGAGAAAAUCAUCCUACAUGUCAACUAUUCUGACGGGACAGAUAAUGUAACGAUGAAUCUCCACAACAACUGCGUACGAAAUGACACUGACUUGUUAACAGUGAGGGUGGUGGAGCAAAAGACACGCACCUUCUAUGUCAGUAUGAGUUACGGUGAGUGUGCUGUGACGUGCUUGCAAAUGAAGGACGGACGAGUACAGAGCAUUACUACUAACGAGGAAAUUGUAUGCAAGGAAGACGUUUUGCAGCCCUUCAAGUCUAACGAAAAUGAUGGCUUUUGUACCAAUAUCGCAAUGAACAAGUCCACAGAUCAGCUAAGUACAACCACCGUCACCCAUGACCGGCAAACAACUUCCUCCACCUCUGACUCGCCUCACACAACCACUGAGACUCCCCUGGCCACAGAAGAGAGUCCCAUCCCCCGCACCCCCUCGACACCCCCAGGCCCGGCUGUGGCUCUCCUGGCGGUGCUGGUGGUGGAAGUGGUGGCGAGCAUUAUCCUGAGUGUCGUGGCGGUGAUGGUGGUACGUGAAGCGAGGAACCCCACCAUCACCCCAGCCACCACCACCGUGCGACGUGCCUCCUCCACCCAUGAGGGCCAUGACGUGUACGUCUGCGAGAACGACCUGUACGAGCCCUUCCCUGGCUACACUGCGGCAGAGCAAGAAAAGAAGGAAGAGGAGGAGAAGAAGAAGGAAAAGAAGGUAGUAUUCAAGUUUCGCAGUAUGACAAAGAAACAGAAGAAGAGGGUCAACGAAGAAGGAAAACAGGAUUGAGAGAUGCAUAACGGAAGGGCCCAGUAAGUUUAGAGGAAGGAAAAAAAUGAUAAGGGAAAUAUGAUAGCACGUAAGUUGGGUAGUAUUGCAUUGCGCUCGCUCAGAACCCAGUCACAGCAACCACCGAGGAAAAAUAAAUAGUAGGGGGAAAGAUGCAUAACAGGAUAAAGAAGAGGAAGGAUUAACGGAAAAAAUGGUAAUAACAGCGGAAGAAGUAUAGGCAAUAAAAGGAGAAGAGGAAAGGCAGCCUAGGAAAUUAAGUUAAAAGAGAAAUGUUGGAUAGUUGUUCCCAUAAGCCUUAUUUAGAUAGUUAUAUAGUUGAGAUGAAUAGUCAGGUAAUUAGUAUGAUCCUGCCCUUGAAAACAUCCUCCAAGAAACGAAAUUAGACUAGUAAUCGAGGACAAACAUAUAGGAGGAAAAAUACUGAAAAAAUAGUAUCAUAGGAGAAAGAAAUGUAGAGAAGGAAAAAUAGCCCUCCACCAACCCAACAUAAAUAGCUUUGAAAAUGAACAGGAGGAAGGAAAGAAAAAGGAUUAUAUGUAAAAGAGGGAAAAAAUAUACGUGUGUGUGUGUGUGUGUGUGUGUGUGUGUGUGUGUGUGUGUUUUACAAGUGUUAGGUUCAUGGUAUUUGAAACGUUUAUCAAGUCACAGUAUCCGGCUUUGAUAACACUCCUACUGCGGGAUAUCUUUAACACUACUACUACUACUACUA